GCUGUAUAUUCACGUAGAAGAACUGAAUCUACUUUAUUUUAAAUAAAAAUGGGUGAACGUCGUGGAACUAAAGCUUUAGAAGUAUGGUGCAAACGUAUGACCGAGGGUUAUCCAGGAGUCAAGGUUGAAAAUAUGACCACCUCAUGGCGUGACGGUCUCGCCUUUUGCGCCAUGAUUCAUCAUUUCCGACCAGAUCUCAUUGAUUUUAACAGCUUGAAUAAAAACGACAUCUAUCGCAACAAUGAACUUGCAUUCCGCAUUGCCGAACAUCAUUUAGGCAUUCCUGCAUUAUUGGAUGCUGAAGACAUGGUUGAAUAUCCGGUACCAGAUCGUCUAUCAAUACUCACAUACUUAUCACAAUAUUAUCAAAAGUUUGGCAGCACACAAGGAGCUUCUCCUACACGACUAAUGUCAAAACGAUCAUCAACAGUUGUUGCAGAUCGUGGCAUUGUGUCUCCCACAUCAAGCACUCCUCCAACAAAGAUGGCAUCGUUGGAAGGCGGGGGAAGCAUUAGUAAUCGUCGUGAUCCAUGUAAAAAGUGCGGCUUACCUGUAUUCCUAGCAGAACGUUUAAGUGUAGAUAAUCAUUUAUAUCAUCGAACCUGUUUCCGUUGUGCUCGUUGUUCGCAUCAACUUAGUUUAGCUAAUUAUUACGAAACCGAAGAUAGUGAAUAUUGUUGUGAGACUUGUCCAGACGAAGAUGAUGCUUUUGAUCAAACUGACGAAAAGAUGGCAACACCUGAAAUUGAUGAUUAUAUCCAACAAAAUUUAUUACUAACCCAAUCAUUAAGUGAUGAAGAAAAAGAACAUAAUUUAAAUAAAGAUAAAAUACAAAAUUAUUCAUAUGAUAAAUUUACAAACGCACGUAGUAAUUUUGUUGGAAGUCAGUUAAAUGUAAUCAAAAAGGAAGAAGAUGAAGAAGAUAUUGACAAGGAACCACCUGAUCUUCCAAAAACAAAUCCACCAGAUCGAAAUGAUAUUCGACACUCGCCUGUUAAUGAAACUGAAUCGUUGGUAUCGUCUGGCGUUGGAUCUGGUGAAGAUAUGUCAAUAAAAGAUUCGAUUCAAAAUGCACCAGAACAAGAUGACAGUGGGACAAGUCUCUCGAACAAACGUGAACAAGAGAAUCGAAAUAGUGUUCGUGAUAGUAAUGAUAUUGUAUAUAUUAAAAAUUCGACAAAUAAUUUUAAUGAUAGUGAUAGUAUUAAUCAGCCAUUAGCAGCUGACAAUCAUACGUUGGAUGCUGCUGUAUUAGACGAUAAAAAAGCUAAUGAUAGUAUAACUGAAUUUGUUACCAAAGAUGAUAAAAAAACUGUUACAAUCAGUCGAAAUGGAACAAUAUUUACACCAGAUUCUAAUUUUACUGUUGCUGCUGCUGCGAAUUUCCGACUUAUUAAUCAACAAUUACAGCAGCAAUUACAUGAUCAAUCAACACUUUUUGAGAAAACACAUUUUGAUAUUGGUGAAGACGACUCUGAUUUGCCUGUUACAGUUACCGCAAUGAAUUCAGAAUUAAUUAAGAAGAAUCAUGAGAAAAAUGUGCUUUUUGAUAAAGAAAUUGUUGAAGAACCGGAAGAGGAGGAUCAGCAGCAACAGUCUGCAACAACAAUUUCGAAUAUUGAUAAGUCUCAAAAAAUUAGUAACAGUAAAGAACAACAAUUAGAUAAUAGUGAUUAUACAUAUAUACCUUUAACAAUUGAUCAUAAAGGAAUAAAAAGUGAUGUAAAUGAAAAAUUAACUGAUAACAAAAAUAAUGAAACAAAAACAGUUGAUAAAGAGAAAUUAAAAAAAAAUCAAGAAGAUUAUCCAGAGGAAUUAAAUCCAUUCGAAGAUGAAGAUGAUGAUGAUGAUUAUGUGUAUGAAGAUGUAUAUUCCACAAAUACAACAUCGUCAACGAAUUUAGCAAAAAAAGAAAGCACAAAUCCAUUUGGAAGUGAUGAUGAUGAAGAUGAUAAUAAUACUGAUUUUAAAGAAACCGUUAACGAAAAAGUAGAGAGUUUUAAAAAAUUAACUAGCACACCAAAAGAAAGCACAAACCCAUUUGGAAGUGAUGAAGACGAUGAAGGAAAUUUGUCGUCAGAAGAUAAUAAUGCUGCAAGCAAACCAGUUCCAAAACCUAGAUCUAUUUUGCAUUUUGAUUCAAAGAGAACUCCUGAACCAACACCUCGAAAAGUAGGAUUAAAUACUUCGACCGGUGGAAUUCAUGGAUCUAUUUCAUCUUUAGAAAGUUUGUCUAGAAAAUCACCAUUUAGUUCACCAAGUGGUACUUAUCGGAAGAAAAAACCAGCUCCACCUCCACCUACUAGUCGAGAUGUUUUUGGAAGUAAAGACACUACUGCCAUGGCAUUUAAAGAUAUGAAAAACAUAACAUCACCGCCUACUGUAAAAUUACGUAAAAAUAGACCUGCACCAGCUCCACCACCACAAUCAACACGACCCAAAUCAUUAAUUCAGUCACCAACAACUUCUUCUCUAAACGAUUCAUCAUUAAGUACUUUUGAUGAGGAUAUUGCGCAUAGUUCACAAAAAAAUCAUAAAAUAAAUAGUAGUCCCACAAAAAGUACAAAUUCGGAAAUUGAAAAAGAAAAAAAUAGUAAAGAUGAGAAAAAUAGAAAUCGUCAAAGUAUGACACUUGCAACAACACCACAUCCGAUACCUCAUCAAAGUGACUCACCAGCAGAUAGUAGUGAUAUAUCAAUAAAUUUGUCACCACCAAAUAAAAGUACAUAUGGUAAAUGGAAACGUAAGAAAGGUCCAGCACCACCACGACCUGUACCGCAACGUCGCCAAAUUAAUAUAUUACCUGCAGAUGAAUUACGUCGACAACUUGAUAUUAUUGAAAUUCAACAACAGGGAUUAGAAAAACAAGGCGUUAAAUUAGAACAAUUGAUUCGAUUGAAGAGUGAAAUGCCUGGAGUUAAUGAAGAUUCAUCAUUGACUCAAGAAGUUGAAGAUUUGGUUUUGCAGUUAUUUGAAUUAGUCAAUGAGAAAAAUGAAUUGUUCAGAAAGCAAGCAGAAUUAAUGUACUUACGACGCCAACAACGUUUAGAAGAAGAACAUGCUGAUUUAGAAUAUCAAAUUCGUUGUCUAAUGGAACGCCCAGAAAGUAAUAAAACUGAUUACGAUAAAGCCAGGGAAGAGGAACUGAUUAAUCGUUUAAUAGAGGUCGUUGAAACAAGAAAUGAAAUUAUUGAAUGCUUAGAAAUGGAUCGAAUACGUGAAGCGGAAGAGGAUGAAAGUAUAAGCACUCAUUUAAAUUUGUAUGCAGCAAAACGUGACGAAGAUUUACAUAGCAUAACAUCAUCUUCACAAGAAUCCACAAAACUAUCCAAAAAAGAAAAGAAAAAACAAAAGAAAAUUAAAAAAACAAAAGGUGUUACAAUUGACGCAGAUAAAGAUGUGGAUGAAACAGAAAUUGUUCAAAAAGAGAAAAAGAAGAAAAAAUUUAUUAGUUUAUUUCAUGUUUAAAAAAAAUUUUUGGAAUAUAUAUUUUUAUAUGCAAAUGAGAUGUUUCUCAUCAACAUUUAAGAAUGACUUGAACAAAGUAAAGACGUUAUUUUUAUAUUUGAUGGCAUACUAUAAUUAAUUAAUUAGUCAAAAUAAUCCUAUUUAAUUAUUAAUUAACCUCUAAACUUAAAUGAACUAUUAUUGCCUCGAAGAGAAAAGAAUAACACAAAAAUAUAAAUAAAUGUCUUCGAUUGUCUCAAAGUUAAAGAUAACAAGAAAAUUUAUUUUUUAAAUGCGUAAAACUAUAAAAUUUAUAUAAAAAAUAAAUUUUUGAAAACUUAAAUUUUUUACUUGAGACAUCGACGAUUUAUUCUGUGGCUUCGUUGACUCAAAAUUAGAGAAAUCAUUUUAACUUGAGUUUUCAGGGUUGAAUAAACGUAGUAAUGAUGCAUUUCAAUGGCUCCAAUAAAUUUUUUUAUCAUACAUAUCGUAAUUAUAAAGCCUGGGGCCUCUAGAAAUAAAAAAAGUACUUUAUUGUAAGAAUAAAAAAGCGUUUUAUUCGGGAAAUUUGGGGAACAACAAAAUUAUUUUUGUUAAUAAAUUAACUUCUCCACUCAAUUUAAUAGAGUUUUUAUAAAAAAUUGCACCUUUGUUCCUUACUCGGAAGCUUUAAGAAGGAUGCUUUUGUAAAUCUACACAAAAUUAGAGUUUAAUUUAUAUAUACCGCGGUUUAUUUGGUCAGAAACUCAGGUGGAAUUACAUGGAUUCGACAAAACUUAAAUUUUUGGAAAUACAGAGAUACCGUUUCGGUCUUAGCCUUGAAUCAUAGAUUUAGUAGUAACAUUUUUUAUAUUUAAGUUCAGAGGUUUAUAUAAAUAUAUACAAUUAUGUUUGGUAUUCAAAGCUUUGGGCGAAUGGUGAUUAGAUUCAUAUAAUCACUAUAUUUUUGUGUCAUAGAUUUUUUUCUAAAAUAAAGUGCCACUUGAUGUAAAUGAAAAAAAUUGCAAAAGUGUACAAAGUACAAUAAAUUACUAAAAAAAAUCUAAAAAAAUCAUAUUUCUCUUUAUUAACUACGAAAACCAUCUUCAAAUGAUAUAUGAUGUGUCCUACUUUGAAGUUACUUGUCGUAAAAAUCAAAGUAAAAAAUUGUCAAUCAUUUUGAAUCAAAAUUAUGUUUUAAUCAUUCAGACUGGUCGCCUUUGAUACCACAAUCGAGAGAGAAAAUCUCACAUUGUGGUCUAAAUUGUGGUUUAUUUAACCUACUUAACUGAAGUAAUAAGAAAAACUCUUACAGAUUUUUUUUUCUUUAUAUUUUGAGUUUAAAA